AUUCCAUCCUCACCUUUAUUUAUUCCUUUUUAGUCUUUUUCACAAACACAAAGCCAACCCACACACACACAGGCACACCUUGAAGAAAUGGAGGAUCCUCACCCUCCGCCUCGAAUCCUACCGCCUUCCCGCAGCGGAAGCGGAAGAAGAAGCUGCGGCGAUGCCAAUUCAUCGCCUGAAUUCGAGUUUUGGAUGGUCAGAAACCCCUCUCUCCCGCCUCCGAAUCUCCUCUCGGCCGACGAGCUCUUCUCCGGCGGCGUCCUCCUCCCCCUCCACAAUCUCAACCUCGCUCCGCCGCGCGAGGCCGACGCGGAUCGAGAUCCGGAGCCGGAACCGGAAUCCGAAUCCUCCGCGGCUGAAUUGACGGCGAAUUCCUCCGCGUUGACUUCGUCAAAGCGGUGGAGAGAUAUUUUCAGGAAGAGCGAGAAGAAGAGCGGCGAAGAGGCGCAGAGCGUGAAGGAGAAGGAGAAUCGGAGGAGAGAGAAGAAGAAUGGAGGCGGCGGCGCGAGCGCGGCGGAGCUCAACAUCAACAUAUGGCCGUUCUCCAGGAGCAGAUCUGCCGGCAACGGCGGCAAUCGCCCCCGCGCGGCGGCGAUUCGGAAGGUGAGCAGCGCGCCGUGCUCCCGGAGCAACUCGAGAGGCGAAUCGAAGUCGAGGAAGCCUCCUACCAGCCCCGGGAGAGGCGGAGUCCAUCUAGGAAGGAGCAGCCCUGUCUGGCAGGUCCGCCGCGGCGGCGAGAAGAAGAGAUCGGAGGGAAUUGAAAAUCGGCGGAGAGUUCCGAUCGCCGGCGGCGCGAAAGCUAGGGUUCUGAGUUUGAACGUCCCCGUGUGUAUGGGCUACCGGCAGCAUUUCAGCUGUAAAAGUGAUGAGAUAACCGUCGGCGGAGGCGGUGGUGCAGUCGCCGGCGGUGAAGGGACACGUGGCAGUGGAAGUAAUUUGUUUAAUAUUAGAAGCAUCUUUACCAAGAAAGUGUAUUGAAUGCUUCAAAACUACUGCAGAUAGCUAUUUAGCUUUGCUGUUUUUGAAUCUUAGUGGGAAUCUUUUGCCCUUUCUGCACUAGGAAAAUUUUCUCCACUCUCAGUUAUAAAUAUUUAUUGUAAAUUAAUUAAUUAUAUAGAAAUUGCGUGAUUUCCUCA